AACACUUGGAAUUUUGCAUUUACUGGAGUCCUGGAAAGCUACUCACACAUGUGCCCUGGUAGGGUUUUUCUUUCAAUGAAACUCCUCAACAUGAUUGACGCUGGACUUUGUUGAUCAAGCCUGGUCGUGAGGCCCUCCCGUCCUGAUCCCUCCCCACUCUGAGGCAGGUGUGCUUACGACAUCCAGCCAGUGCUGGCCAAGGCCCCAAAAACAGAGAUGGAGGGACCCAUGCAAACACCACAGCCCCCCAGGCCCUGCAGCUUGGCCAAAGAAGCUGGGAAAUCAUGCUGGAGCUUGGAUCCCAGGGUGGUGGUGCUUCUGAUGACUUUGGCUGGCGCUGUCAUCCUCCUGCUCCUCUACAGACUCCUACAAACAAGACACAGGCUGAGGAUGGCGAGUGCUAGGAAUGCUCUGGAGUACUACAGCUUCUACCACACGGCCACCUACACCCUUAAACAUCCUUCAUCGUACCAGAAGCUGUCAGCUCAAAAUGGGAAAAUUCCAGAGACCUCUUCCCACGUCCAGACUGUCACCACGGCCCCACUUCCAAGCCCACCACCAGUAGGUCGUACAACAUCGUUGCCGCUUCCCCCAGCUCCUGCCCAUCCACCAGAACCUUCACUACCGAUAACGCCGCCUCGACAGACUCUUCCUUUGCCUGUGAUCCACACCACUCAACCAAGCCCACACCUGUCAUGGGGAGCUUGCUCAGAUGUGGAUGUGUACUCUUGCAUUGGAGCUUACAGGCCCUCUAGGCUCUCGAGCCACUCUAGCCAUUCAAAGGUCAUUCUUUUUGAACACUCGUUGCUCUAGUCCGAGUGGCAGACAGGAAUACUGCAUGACUUCCAGUCAAGCAACAGCACUGUCUCUGUUUUUAUCGACUUUCAUUAGGGUAGGGAUGUCAAACAGGUUUUCAUUGAGAGCCACAUCGCAGUUAUGGCUGCCAUCAGAGGGCCGCUUGUACCAGCAAAUAAUUGUAUGAAUUUGCCUCUGGAUUUCAUUAUUAACUAGAAGAGGCAAUUCCUGAAGUACUCCAAUGCUGAAGUUGAAGUGAAAUGCUGACAGACUGUAGUACGAAUGUAAGAAUAGUUUGAAUGUUGGAAUGGUUUGAAUGUUGAAGAGCUGUCGCUGAACUGAAAUGCUAAAGGAAUGUAGGAUGAAUGUAGAAAUGGUUUGAUUGUUGGAAUGGUUUGAAUGUUGAAGAGUUUGAAUUUCCAGGAAAACUGGAAUUUUGGUUUGGAACUUGGGAAUUUGAAUGUCCAGGAUGAGUGGAAUGUGUUGAUGUUGGAAUGGUUUGAAUAGGUUGAAAAAUGUGGGAAUUGUGCAACUUGGAAAAAUGUCCCAUUCAUUUCAAUAGGAACUUCCUGGAAAUUUGGGAAUUUGGGGAAAAGCGGGAUUUUCAGAAACUGAUUAGGAGCAUGUAUGUCCUGAAUGAGCUGAAUUGGUUGGUGUUGGAAUUGUUUAAAUCGGGCAAAAAAUGUUGAAGUAGUAAAUGGUAUUAGGGAAUUUCGGGAAAAUGGGGAAUUUUUUUGAACUUGGAAAAAGGGUAGUUUGAAUUUCCAGAAUGGUGGAAUGUGCUGAAGGUGGAAUGGUUUGAAUGGGUUGAAGAAUGUGAGAAUUGUUGAAGUUUGAAAAAUGGCCAAUUAAUUUUUGAAUGGGGAAAAUGCCCCCCAAAAAAAGGAAUUAUGGGAAAUCCGGGAAUCUUUUUUAUAGUUGUUGAAGUAGAACACACAAUUCUCGAACAGGCUGAAUAUUUUGAAGUUGGAACAGUUUUAAUCAGAUGAAAAAUGUGGGAGUUGUGGAACUUUGAAGAAUGUCCCAUUGAUUUCAGUAGGGAUUUCCACAAAAUUUGGAAAUUUCGGGAAAAGCCGAAUUUUUUUGAAAUUGGUCAAAAAAAAAAAACUUGAAUAGUCUGAAUGAGUUGAAACGGUUGGUGUUGGAAUUUUUCAAAUCGGUUGAGAAAUGUUGAAGUAGUGACAUGCUGAAUUGAGAAAUGGUAUUAAGGAAUUCCUGGUAUUCCGGGGAAAUCGGGAAUUUUUCUAGUUCAAAAAACCACUUUGUUUUUUGUCCUGAUUAAGAGGAAUGUUUUGACGGUGGAAAGGUUGAAAUGGGUUAACAAAUGUGGAAGGAGUAGUCGGCCAGAAAAAAGGGUCGAAAAAAGGUUUGAAAAAACGGGAAUUAUGGGAAUUCCUAGAAUUUUUCUGAACUUGGGAAAACUAUACUUUGAAUGUCCAGGAUGUGUGGAAUAUGUUGAGGGUGGAAUGGUAUGAAUAAGUUGAUAAAUGUGGAAAUGGUGGACGUUUGAAAAAUGGCCAAUUCAUUUUGAAUGGGAAAACCUGGAAUUCUGGGAAAUCUGGGAAUUUUUGGAAUUUGUCAAGGGAAAGCCUGCGAUUCCCGAAUAGGCCAGCCUGAAAUGCUGGUGUCAGGGACAGAUUGUAGGUGUUUUUUUUUUGUUGUGUUUCGCUUAAUUGUAAAAUAUGUGGAUGGAGAGGGGGUGUGACGUUCAUAUGUUGUCAAUAUUCAGUGUUUUAUAGUUCAUAGUUAAUAUUGUAAAUCCCACAUUCUUUAUUUUCAUGUACAUUCUGGGUGUCUCAUUCAUAAAAAAAUGUAAAAUUCCAUUCCGUUUUUUAAGGCGGUCUGUCAUAACGUUUUCAGCAUUUAAUCAGACAUUAUUGUGAGGUUUUGUAUUAAAUAGAUAUACCGGCCCCCAGACCCAUUUUUUUCUCUAAAUUUGGCCCCCGAGUGUUAGAAUAAUUAUGUGUAAGUUAUCACACAACUUUAGUAUGCUUAAAGUCCAUUGUUAUAGUUAUUAGCUAUUGUGUUCAAGCUGUACUUUUUCUAUCUGUGCAAGGACAAAACUUCUUGUCUGAGGGGUGGCCUCAGCCGCAGAUGUUAUCUUUGUUUUAGCCAAGGACUUUAAGGACAUCAACGAAGAUAAGACGACAGCACACAGACGAAGCAGAGACAAGGCGAAAUCACAAGGCCCCAGCACAUUCCGUCACGUAUUGUGCGUACAGCAGCUGCUUUGCAUGAUAUGUGUAACCACUCCUUUUAGAUGUGAUGUUGACUGGGGAACUCCUGAAUAAAUAGAGGGACGCUGGAGCUGUACCUUAGAGCGUAGGGCGAGACUGUGACUAAGUGUGCAGCUCCAUGCGCUCUCCUCAUGAGCUAAAUUGAACUCUGUCUCUGCAUGAUUCCUUGCUUCUUGUCUGUUUAAUAGUUGUCAUCAGUGUUUGAACCUGACACCGAGUCAAAAUAAUUGCCCAGGCCUGUUCUAACCUUUGGCUCAA